AUGAACAGGAGGUUUUUGCAAUACUGGUGUGCCCGACAAGUUGGAACCCCCUGUUGCUUGGGGAAGCCCUACAAGGGAUUGACAACUUCUCCUCUGACCAUUUUAGCGGUGAGGACCCAGUUUCUGGGCGAGCAGUUCCAUGAAGCUCGCAACCUUGGGGAACUUCGUCGAUUGAGAGGUGCAAUAAGAGUGUUUAGUUCCAAUAGUUCUUGUGUCACUGGAGUCAUGACUUUAGUCUCUCAGCCCCAGCGAAAUAGUUUCGUCGCCCUCAAUUCCGAUUCCAGGCGUAGUUAA